UCGUGUGUGGGUCACACGUGGUUCAGGUUCUGGGUUUGAUGAACUUCCUCUCGCUAAGACAGACAUCCAGCAGUUGGUUUCACAAACUUAGCUCACAGAUCAGCUUAGGGCUGGGCGAUAUAUCAAAAAUUUAUCGUUACCGAAAUUUAUGACUCUCAUCGACGUCAUUUUGCCCAUGUCGGUAAAUUCGGUAUUUAAAAAAAAAAAGAAAAGGCAUGUGCAGGUUGGCGAUGUUCAUGUCCCUUUAAGACGCUGUGCUACGUUACAGACUUGACGGGGUGGAGUCACAUGACUCUACUACCUGUAACAAGACGAGACACGGGUGAACAAAUGGAGGACAAUUUAAAUGUUGAAGCAGCAGCGACGGAGGUAGAGCUGGUGGAGGAGGAAGAGGAGACGCUUGUUAACAAAAAAAAUGCAUCAUCAAUCAUUUGGCAACAUUUUGGAUUCAACAAGGAUGAUAUUGAUCAAAAAAUUGUUAAAUGUAAACUCUGCAAAAAGACUGUUGCAUCAAGUCAAGGUAACACAACCAACCUCUUCCACCACCUGCAGCACAACCAUGUGAUUCAAUUCGAAGACAUAAAAAAAGCUCAAAGCGAGAAGAGAUUAGGAGGACCAGCAAAAACGUCUUCCUCCACCAGGCAGCGGUCAAUAACCGAAGCAUUUGCUAGUACUCAACUAUAUGAGCGAACUUCAAAAAGAUGGCAAGAAAUCACAAAUGCUAUAGGCUACCACAUAGCAAAAGACAUGGCUCCUAUUGCUACAGUGGAACGCAACGGGUUCAGACACUUCAUGAAAAUAAUUGACAAGAGAUACGAACUCCCAUCACGAAAAUAUUUUUCAAAAACUAUCAUUCCCAGCAUGUACAGCACAGAGAGGGAAAAGGUUGCUGCUGAAUUGAGAUACGUUAAGCACGUUGCAGCCACAUCCGAUCUCUGGUCCAGCUGCACAAUGGAGCCGUAUAUUAGUCUCACAGUUCAUUACAUCGACAACAAAUGGGAGCUGCGUACCAGAGUGCUCGAGACGGCCUAUUUUCCAUCUGAUCACACGGGGGAGAUGGUUGGACAGGGGUUGAGAGCGAUGCUGUCUGCAUGGGACAUCAGUGAAGAGGACCUUGUUGCUAUAACAACUGACAACGGCCCAAAUAUUGUGAAAGCUGUCAAGCUCAAUAAAUGGACACGGGUGCAAUGUUUUGGGCACAGGCUGCACCUGGCAAUCGAAAACACCCUGAAAAAUCACCCCCCUGUGGAACGGGCAACGAAGACCUGCAAAAAGAUUGUUAGUACCUUUUCCUACAGCUGGAAAAAGAAGAAGGCAUUACGGAAGGCACAACAAGAGAUGAACCUACCAAUGCACAAGCUCAAAACGGCAUGUCCAACCAGAUGGGGAUCCAUGCAGAUGAUGACAGCACGGAUCCUUGAGCAGAAAAAUGCCAUCACCCGGGUCCUCACUGAUGACAGAGCAUCAAGACAUCUUGUUCCGACGUGGUCAGACCUGGAUGUCUUGGAGGCAGUCAACAAAGCUCUUGCUCCAUUGGUAGAGUUUACGGACGCCCUGUCAGGGGAAGAGUAUGUCACCAUCUCAUCUGUGAAGCCUGUCCUACACAUCCUCCAUUCACGAGUGCUGGCUGAGGAAGAAGACGAUGUGACGCUGACCAAAACCAUAAAAUCUGAAAUCCUUGCAUACCUUGACGACAAGUUUUCAGAUCCUCCCACUGUAGAGCUUUUGGACACAGCCAGCUUUGUUGACCCCAGAUUCAAAGCUGCAUAUAUUUCUGCCGACCGUGUUACUACCAUUCAAGAGAAAGUGAAAAUGGAGAUGAAGUCAGCAGCUGCAGUCCACCCAGAAAGUACAGCAGAGAGCAGAGAGCACAGAGCCUCAGCCUUCUACAUCAUCCGAAGAAAAAAAGCGAAAGAGAUCACUGGGAAGGUUUUUCAAAGAAAGUGAGACUCUCUCUUCAACUGCACCCACUGUGUCACCUGAGCAAGCAAUAGAAGCUGAGCUGAGCAGCUAUUCAGUGUGUCCUGUCCAGGACAGUGAGGAAAAUCCACUAGAUUGGUGGAGAAAGCAUCAAGUAAACUUUCCCACUCUAAGUAAAGUUGCAAAAAAGUAUCUUUGCAUCCCAGCCACCAGCUCCCCAUCCGAGCGGGUUUUCAGUUCUGGAGGAAACAUUGUGACAUGCCUCAGAUCCUGCCUGAAACCUGACAUGGUCAAUAUGCUUGUGUUUCUUAGCAAGAACCUGGAGUAAACACUACUCAGGUAAACAUCUACAACAGUAGUUUGAUUGAACCGCUCAGGAUACCAAGUCUGCUGCUGCCCCUUUUUGAAGUGCCCUGUUCAAGCCCUGCCUAAUUUUAACUAUCAGUGUUCUAUUGAAGUUUUUUGCACACAGCACUAUUUAAUGUUUUUGUUUAAGAGUUUAUAGUUUUCACUAGUCACAUGGCAGUGCUUAGUAUUUAUUAUAGUUUUUUCUGUGUUCAAUUGACAUUUGUGUUUGUGACAUUAUUUGUUUACAAGUUAUAGUACCUCAAGGCCUUAGCAGAGAUAGGCCUUUGUCCAUGAUGGCAUUACAUUUGCACAAUCAUUGUUUACUUUGUGAAUAGCCAAUGUGAAACAUAUUUAUUAUUAAACUAUUUUGUUUACAAGGGAUACACAUUUUUUAGAGAGCAUGGUUACAUAUUGUAUCCUACACUUUUUAUUUUGUUCAGUUAAUAAAUCUUAACCACUAAAAGUA